AUGAAAGGUCAGACCGCCGAGCUGAGCAAAUACUUCGCGAGCUAUCAUCGCUGGGAGUGCCCAGAAGCUAGAACCUCGAGCACCCACUGUCAAAUCUUCGGCACAAAAGACGGGCCACUGCUGAGAAAGGGACAGACGAACCGCGUCCUGUUCUAUGCGGGAUGCUUCAACCCUCCCCACAUCGGCCACCUCAGCUUCCUCCAACGCGCCUUCGGGGGGACCCACGACAUCAACGUCAUCGCCGCCGUCAUCCUGCCCCUCGACUCCCACAGCCUCCGGUCCAAGCGCAGGGUCAACGGCCAGGACCUGAUCCUGUCCAAACCCGAUCGCGUGCGGCUGUGGCGGUCGGACGCCAGGAUGCUGCCCGAGUGGUGGGUCUACGACGGCACCGUCGACGAGUGGGAUAUCAUGCGGGACAAGGUGGAGGAGGCCAUCGAACGGGACGGGUUCGACUUCCAGUUCGUCGUCAUGUCUGGACCCGACCACAUCUCGAGGUUCAGGACAUACUCAGGGUGGAGUUGGAGCUGCUUCGAGACCGUCACUAGCGACGCCGGGAGACACAGCGACCUCGUCAAGCCCGACGGGUCGCUCUACACCCUCUCAGAUCGUAAGAAUGCCAGAAGACUGGCCAAAAACCCUCUUCAGGUCCUGAAAGUCAAAGUUUGCCGCCUGAAGUGGUCGAAACUCUGGGUGCGGUUCGUCCCGGCUGACGGCGAACCUCUGGACAUCAGCUCGACGCAGAUUCGAGACAUCAUGGAGGGUGGCAAGCUGUCUUUGGAUGAGCUUCAUGAGAGGCUCAAGGGCAUGGCCUUGAGUCCCGAGGUGUUGACCGAGAUCCUCGCCCGCCAGUCAUCGCGUGACGUAUCUCGAAACUGGCUGUGA